CACGGUGGCGCAUGCGCCGAGAAGCGCAGGCGAGGGGGACACCCCUUGGAUCCCUAGGGCGGGGGAAGGCUUGGCGGGGUAGCCUUCCGGAGCCCGGCCCCGAAGCAGGCGGGCGGGGGAAAGCGGUGCUAGCUGCGCGCGCUCACGUGAUGUCCGCGGGGGUGGGCCCGUCGCGGCGCAGCAUCUGUUCAGAACUUCCUGACUCUGGCAUCUGAGAAGACAGCUGGGCCGGAGCUGGGCAGACGGUCACCCCAAGGAACAGAACAGAAAGUUGGAGAUUGAGGCAAAAAUGUCUUUCCUCCAGGAUCCGAGUUUCUUCACCAUGGGAAUGUGGUCCAUUGGCGCGGGGGCCCUGGGAGCCGCUGCCUUGGCCCUGCUCCUGGCCAACACAGACGUGUUUCUGUCCAAGUCCCAAAAAGCGACGCUGGAGUAUCUGGAGGACAUAGACCUGAAAACCCUGGAGAAGGAACCAAGGACUUUCAAAGCAAAGGAGCUCUGGGAAAAGAACGGAGCCGUGAUAAUGGCUGUGCGCAGGCCAGGCUGUUUCCUCUGCCGAGAGGAGGCUGCAGACCUGUCCUCCCUGAAGCCUAAGCUGGACGAGCUGGGAGUCCCCCUGUAUGCAGUGGUGAAGGAACAAAUCAGGACCGAAGUGCAGGACUUCCAGCCUUAUUUCAAAGGAGAGAUCUUCCUGGAUGAAAAGAAAAGGUUCUACGGUCCCCAGAGACGGAAGAUGAUGUUUAUGGGGUUUGUCCGUCUGGGUGUCUGGUACAACUUCUUCCGGGCCCGGAACGGAGGCUUUUCUGGAAACCUGGAAGGCGAAGGCUUCAUCCUUGGGGGAGUUUUUGUGGUGGGAUCAGGAAAGCAGGGCAUUCUUCUUGAGCAUCGAGAAAAAGAAUUUGGAGACAAAGUGAACCCAGUUUCUGUUCUGGAAGCUGCUAGGAAGAUCCAACCCCAGACUUCAGCUGCAAAGUCAAAGUGAUCACAUGAAACUGCCCCGCUCAGGGAUAACUAGGGGCACUUAGCUGCGUCCUGGGAUGUGUUGUGUCUCCACUCAUGUCCCCAGAGUUAAAAACCCCACUCAUGCCAUAUUGUCAGUAGAGAUCAUAAAUGUAUUUUAAAAUACUGUGCUCUCUUUAGGCCACCAAAGGCAAACUAGCCCCCAGACAAGACUGAUAAGAAUCUAAGAAAUCAGUAAGGGUACUUUCAGCUAAAACCUGGAAAAUUAGAGGCUUAGCCUUGACUGCUGCACCUCCUUACAGUGUACAUGGUGUGUGAGUGCUGUUAUCAGAAAUGACUUUUAUUUUCAUGUUUUCAAAAAUCUAAGAAAAGUUAAUGAUUUGACUUGAAGAUUCAGGAGUUUGGGGCAUGUGUGUUUUCUAUUAAUGACCUGUUAUACAAUGUUAAAUUAAUAAUCAUGCAAAGGAAUUGGCAGGCUCCAGAUGGCUUACUAAAAGUCAAUUAUAAAGUGAAAUCUGUUUUUUCAUUGUCUUCCAUUCUAACCUCAGAGGUGUUUUUUUUUUUAGAAGUGAUCAUCUCUGGCUCUAAUAAAAUUAUGUAUCAGAAAUUGCCUAUAAUACAAGUGUUUCUGAUAAAGCUAACAAUAAAAAUAUUUACCAUAA